AUGGGGUUAGAGGUCCAGUUGGAGCCGGCUUUCGGCCAGCUCUCGGUUGAGCGGGCGGUUAUGGGCUCAACUCCGCCGCAACGUCAAUUCUUGUUCCACCUUCAUGCGCCGGAUUCUUUGCACCUCGGAAUCCAUGUCACUGAUUUCCACUCUAAUACGUGGGAGGCUGUACGGUCGGUUAGUCAGCUAGAUGAUAUGCAGGACAGCAUUGGAAUAGGAGGCACUUGGUCAGAGUUCAUAGACUAUCUUGUCAAUUCCAUAAAAUCUGAGCAUACAAAGCUUGUUUUGGAGGGACCGUUAAACUCAGAUGGCGCUGCAGCUGCAAAGUUAGUUGCUCAGAAGGCUAAAGGAAUGCCUAAAAUUUCCAUUGCCAUGACAAAGCUUGUGGGCUCGGCUGCUACUGAGGCUAUUGCAAAUCUCUCUCUUCAGCUCUUCAAAGAGUUCAAAAGCAUCAACGAGUCUUAUGUAGAAGAACGUGAGCGGUCUAUGCAAUUGUCCAAAGUGGUAUCAGCAGAAAAGGAAAGAAACGACAGCAUCCAGAGCCAACUUGAGCUGUAUACUAAGAGGCAAAAGAUACAAAGGAUUGGUUCUUCGGACAUUAAUGGCGCACAAAACUCUCCAGAAAAACAAGCCACUAGAGAUACAAAAUCAACAAAAGUUGUCAAUCGGGUCGUGCCUGCAUAUCGCAGGGCAAAAGUACGUGGUGCUGUUCUGCAGGAUAUCGAAGAUGAAACUUAG